AUGCUGAGAAAUACGCUCUGCUUUCUGACCCUGGUGCCGCUCGUGUGGGGUCAGCCGUAUCCAAUCCCACCCACGUGUUACACAAAGGUCCUCACCAUGGGAAAGGAGAUCUCACAGAGAGUAGUGGAAAUGAAGACCAGCCACGACACUCGGAGCUGCACUCAUCACAUGCCGUACCUGAACAUCGACGUUCAUAACGCGUGCGUGAUGCACACCAUGAACUCGUACAUGUCGAUGCUGGACGGCCUGCGUCAGCGCCGCUGUGGCUACAGCAGAAGAGUGCAGGCCCUCAGAGGGAUGAUCAGACAACUCUACAUCAUAAUGUCACAGAGAUGCCAUGGGGAGCUGGUUUUCACCGUCGAUAACUGCGCCGCACUGGAGCGCAGACCCAUGGGAGGCUGAAAUCGAGUCAGGUCGGCAUCAGGACAUCGGAAGACAGCUUUACUCCCGUGUUUUAUUUUUUCUGUCUUUAAUUUCAUAUCUGGUUUGUAUAUUUGCUAAUGACGUGGCUCCGUGAUCAUUAUGAAAUGAACUUAGGUGAAUAAAAUCAGUUUUUGGGGUUUUCAGUCUCAUGAAAUGCCAACCCUUUCCUUAUCCACUGUCAGCGCUUCUCUCGGUUGGCUUUGCAGUUCAAGUUUCAGCUUUCAUUGCAAAGUGAGAUGUUUGACAAAUCUGACCUCUUUGAAUCCGUGGACAAAGCCGAGAACCAGAGGUAUUGAAAAUAUGCCUA